CAAAUGAAAAAGAAAUCAAAGAAACAUCAUAAAAAGAAACAUCAUUCCUCAUCAUCAUCUUCUUCUUCGAAAUCUUCCAAGUCUAGAUCUAGAUCUAGAUCAGAAUCAAAAUCGAAGAAAUCAAAAUCAAAAUCCAAAUCCAAUUAAUUUAAUAAGGAAAAGCCUGUUGACUCUGCUAUUCAAGAUCAGUAAUAAAUGUAAUAAUUAGAUCGACAACUCGACCGUAUAAAGUAAAUAAAUUCGCCCUUGGAUCAAUGCUAUUUGAAAAUCGAAGAACAAAUGAUAGGAUGGAUAAGAAUGAAGUUUAACAUGCCAAUACGCAAUUAAAGAAAAUAGAUAAAACAGGGAGGGAUGCUGUAUUAUUAUCGGCUGCAAUAAAUACGGUGCAAUAGGACAACAAGAGAGAAGAGUAAGUAGCUUUUCAUUUGAUUUAGAUAUUAAAUUGAAUUAGUAAAUGGAUAGUAUAUUAAGAUCGCAAAGCCAUAUAGUUGCGGAUUUAGUAAUUGUUAGAUGAGAUUUGUUACUACAGAUGAAUUAACAAAACAUUUAAGAGAACAUGAUAGAGUGUAAUCAAUGAAAAACACCUAAAGAGCUUAAAAGUUUAUGGAAAACUUAUGA